AUGGCCAGGAAGACAGCCAAGCUAUUUCGAACCAACAGCUUAAGAAGCCUAUAUUCUGAGAAUCAAAUCAAGAUAAUGAAUACCAUUGAUAAUCUUCGCUCUCAAGGUAUCAAUCAUAAUAUCUCCUUGCCACAAAUCAUUGUGUAUGGCAACCAAUCAUCUGGGAAAAGUUCGCUUCUUGAGGCUAUUUCAGGCGUGCCUUUUCCUGUCAAAGGAAACCUUUACACAAGGUUCCCAACUGAAUUGAUCCUUCAGAAGACGCCUGAGGUCAGCGUUAAUGAGCUUGAUGCUUUUGAUGGUCUGGCAAAGCUGAUUGAGGAUGCGAGAGCAGCAAUGGGUGUCUAUGAAAAUGGCAAAGCUUUCUCCAGAAACAAGCAACAAUCGGCUUCCGAUAUCGAAGCAGUACAAAGCAUUGUCCAUACUUAUAUGAAGGAACCACGAAACAUUAUCCUUGCGGUGAUUUCUGCCAAAAAUGAUUAUGCAAAUCAAAUUGUGCUCAAGCUCGCACGCACUGCUGAUCGUGGUGGUAGUCGAACAUUAGGCGUGAUUACAAAACCCGAUACUCUUGUCGCGGGUGCCGAGGGCGAGAACUACUAUGCUACUCUUGCAAAGAACCAGGAUAUAAAAUUCUCUCUUGGGUGGCACGUACUGAAGGAUUUGGAUUUUGAUGUAGGAACUUGGUCCUUAUCACACCGCGACUCUGAGGAAGAGGAGUUUUUCUCCAAAGGCAUCUGGAAAGAGUUCCCUGCAACAUCACUAGGGAUAGUUAAUUUACGCAAAAGGCUUAGUGAUGUUCUUUUACGAAAAAUUAUAGGUGAAAUGCCAGGGUUGAUUAGAGAAAUCCAAACAGAAUUCGAAAAGCAACAACGAAACUACCUUCUACACACCAGUCUUGAAUUCCAGAAAAUCUUGAGACUAGCUGUAGAUGGAACAUACAAUGAUCCAUUCUUUGGUGAUGCCAAGUCUGAAAUUGGCUAUCAAAAACGAUUACCAGCUGUACUUCAGAAUCUUAACCUCAGUUUUGCAAAUACAUUCAAUCAAGAAGGCCAUAGAUGUUGCAUUACUGAUCAUACGCCGAACAAGAAUGAGGGUGAUGGUUUUGACUAUGAAAUUGAUACAACAACAUCAUAG